GCCGGUGUAACAGCUCAGUAAUGGCGUCGCCACAAGAUGGCAGCCUACACAAGUACGCUCGUCGGAUUCGUCUUCCCUCUGCUCGCUGAUGCUGCUGUCUGCCACUUCAGUGCCAAGAUCAGAGAGCAGGAGAUUGUGGCAGAGGUGCAAGAGAGAGAAACCGCGAGGGAUCGGUAUGAUGAUGCUGUGAGUUCGGGUCAGCAGGCGUUUCUGCUGGAAGAGAGCGCAGAGAGUCCUGAUGUGUUCAGACUGAGUGUCGGGACGGGUGUCUGUCGCCGGGUCAGAACGCUGCCGUCACCAUCAUCUACGUCACCGAGCUCGAUGUGCAGGCCGACCACUCGCUGCGCUUCUGUCUGCUGGCUGUGCUCAACCCCCGAUACACACCAGCAGGGGGCGGUAAUUCAACAUCCACGUGCCGUUCAUACAGUGAAGAAAAAGACAAACAACAGCAUCAGAAUGGACUUUGAUAUAAGUACGCCUGCUUCCUCAUGAGUCUGAGAAUAAUAUUAUA